AUUGCAGUGAUGGGGCGCGUGGUGGUGGUGGUGGUGGUGGCGGCAGCAACGGCAGCAGCGGGAUGUCGGGCGAGCCCUCUGCCAGUGAGGGUGUCGCCUGACGCACCCCCACAGGAGAGGCUGCAGGCCGCCCACACACUCCUCGCCACCUCUCCGCUCAUCGAUGGGCACAACGACCUGGCCUGGAACGUGCGUAAGUUUCUGCACAACAAACUGCACUCCUUCAACCUGUCCAGCGACUUGACGAAGGAGAAACCGUGGAGAAACUCCCGCUUCUCCCACACCGACCUGCCGCGCCUCAGGAAGGGCCAGGUGGCUGCCCAGUUCUGGUCGGUGUACGUGCCGUGCGGGGCGCAGUACCUCAACACGGUGCAACUCCUGCUGGAGCAGGUGGACACAGUGCGCAGGAUGGUGGCCGCCAGCCCGCACGACACCGUACUCGUGCGCUCCUCCUCCGAGAUCCUGGAGGAGUUUCGUCGCGGGCGAGUGGCGAGCCUGAUGGGCGUGGAGGGUGGGCACGGCCUGGCCAGCAGCAUGGGCGUGGUGCGGGCGCUCUAUGACCUUGGUGUGCGGUAUGUCACGCUCACCCACAAGUGCCACACGCCAUGGGCGGAGUGCUCUGAGCCUGACCCGCACCUGCCCAACACGCGUGGCCUCACGCCCUACGGCAAGGAGCUAGUGCGGGAGAUGAACCGCCUGGGCCUGAUGGUGGACCUGUCGCACGCGUCAGCCAGGACAGCGAGGGACGUGCUGAACACCACCCGAGCCCCAGUCAUCUUCUCCCACUCGGCGGCUCGCGCACUCUGCCGCAUAGAGAGGAAUGUUCCUGACGAUGUACUCAGCUCUCUGGCAGAGAAUGGCGGGAUUGUGAUGAUCAGCUUCUACAACGACUUCUUGACGUGCAGCGAGAAAGCCUCCGUGCAGGACGUGGUAGCUCACAUCAACCAUGUCCGCAGCAUGGCCGGCGUGGACCACGUGGGACUGGGCGCGGGUUACGACGGCAUCAACAGGACUCCGAGCGGGUUAGAAGACGCCUCGCGCUACCCGAAGCUGUUUGCGGAGCUGCUCAAGGACACGACGUGGUCUGUGCAGGAUCUCAAGAAGUUAGCGGGACUUAACUUCCUGCGAGUGUUUGCCAGAGUGGAGCAGGUGCGGGAGGAGCUGUCCUCGGAGCGUCCCUCGGAGGAGAUCAUUCCCAUCCACGACAUUGACAGCCGCUGGCCCUGCAGGUACAAGUUCGCCAGGCUUGAUGAUGCCCGCACCUGACCUUCUUCGCCCCCGCCAGGAGGCUUCAGGCCCUUACAGGACUCCCUCGCCACUACCAAGAGUCGUCAGCCCACGCGCUCACUCUCACCGCCCUCUUCGUUGUAUGGCAUUCAUUUCCCUGCACACCGUCACCCACAACUCCCCACCACCAUCAUGGAAUCUUCUCCCUUGAUCCAUUCAUUCCUUUUCUCUCGCACUGCACUCCUGUUGAUGAUUUCCUUGUUUCACCCGUCACUCCUUCACUCUUUCACUGCUUCACCCGUACUUCAUCCACGUAGUGUAUCACCUCUCUAUUACUGCUGACCUCUCUUUUCCUUUCUCGUUUAUACUAUUUUGUUUGUUUGCUUUCAUCUUUUUCUAACCUCAUUUCACCUCUUUCCAUCUCGGUUGUGUCUCCCUUCCUUGCAUUGAUUUACUAUAUCAUUAUUACGUCUCUCCGCUGGAGUGUCACGUUUUCUCAACAAUAAUAAUGACUAAAGAGCAGAUAGAAUAAAUACCAUUCAAGGCGACUUCUUGAUCCAUCAUAUCCUUUAACAAAAAUGUUAUUUCAUGAGUUAGUGCUCGUCUGCCCAUAGCGAUACUAGUUCUAAAAAAAAAAAAAAAAAAUCAGUGAGCAGAGCAGCCGGUGCAUAUUGCUGUAGUGCGCUGUGCAGCAUUGCUAUACACAGCGCCGAGUUUAUAAUUACCUCUCUUUUACGGUAUUCAUCCCACCACCACGUACUGGCCCUCCCCUUCUCCCCACGAGCUUCCCGUCCUUCCUGCAAGUCUGAUGUCUUCGCAUCAUCAUCAAGAACGUCCGGAGAGCGCACCACUGACACCACCGCUUCCUCACGCGCUCCAUGAAGCCGGUGUGUGCAUUAAUUACGGCAAGAAAGAGGAAAGUUCGGCACCAAACGUUGGACACAUGCGAGCGAACAAGCGCAUGCACAUUUGUGUGUGUGUGUGUGUUUGUAUGUGUGUAAUUCACCUCGGUCGCUUGCUGGUCACCCAGCCAGUCUUCCCCAUUACGGAGCGAGCUCAGAGCUCAUAGACCGAUCUUCGGGUAGGACUGA